AUGGUGGUAAAAUUCAGCCGAAAGCUUUCGGAAAUUGUUUCGGAAAACCUUAAGUUUCAUAACUGUAUAAUACUGGAGAUUAUGAACUUGCUCCCACUCAAAAUAAUGUUCUCGAUGAUCAUUGUGUUCUUAUGCAUUGCAGCUCUAAACUUUGGAACAACGAAAGGUAUGAACGGAGCAGCACAGAUACAACAACAUUUCAACAGUGAUCCAGGUCCUGAUUCUGUCUUGUUUCAACUUUUUACUCGGAAAAACCCUGGUAAACCACAAAUUCUUCAACUGGAAGAUAUUACCUUACUAGAACAGUCAAAUUACAACAGCAGCCUUCCAACAAAAAUUUUUGUUCAUGGCUAUGGGGCUAAUCCAAGCCAAGGCUAUUCUUCUAAAGAUGAAUACUUGUUGCGGGAAGACUGCAAUUUUAUUUCUGUGGACUGGACCACGCUUGGUUCAAGCAAUUACGUGCUUGUCGCACUUAACAAUGUUCCUAUAGUUGGAAAUACAACCGGAGCCUUUGUAGAAUUUCUCUUUCGUCAAGGAACACCGCUGAGCGCCUUUCAUCUCAUUGGAUUCAGCAUGGGGGCUCACAUUGUAGGAAAUGCUGGGGCCUUUAUUGCGUCAAUUGGACUUUUACCAAGAAUCACUGGUUUGGAUCCGUCAGAAUAUGCUUUUCCCUUAGAAUUAAUCGACAAUUGUCUGGACAUAACGGACGCAUCCUUCGUGGAUGUAAUUCAUACAAGUGAAAUUUCUUAUAAGAAUGCCGUAGGACAUGUCGAUUUUUAUCCUAACGGGGGUUUCCUUCAAUCUGGUUGCCCACCUCGCAUUCCUGAUACCGAAUGUUGCAACCAUUGUCGUGCUGUCGACCUGUUUGCAGAAUCCAUCAACAGCCCAUUAGGUUUUAAGGCAGUUCUCUGCAACUCCUCGGAUAACUUCCAGAAUGGUUUCUGUAACUCCAACACCCAAGCAUUAAUGGGGGAACCUGUUUCAACCAAUGUACGAGGCCUAUUUUACUUAGCAACAAACGGUCAACCGCCAUAUGCACAAGAAUUACUUACACUUGAUAAGUUGUAAAGAUUUUUAUGAGUUCUGCAUGGCAAAGUGCUGUAGCUUAACCGUUACUAACAACCAAUAAAUCACGCUAAAGCUUGA